GUGAUGUAAACACGGAAAUGCCCAACGCAACCGAGGGAAACAAGAGAAGUAACAAAUAUCGUUUCACUUUUGCCAAAGAAUAGGAUCUCCGCGUACAUUUUAGGUUUCAACCGCAUCCUGACAUCCCAUAUUUCACCUUUUUAAGUAUAGUUCUAUUGCACAUAACAUCAUUUACUUGGAACUGAAUGGAAAAUGGAGGAAAAACACAAGAAAAUACUUCAGCGCAACAGGACUAAUGUGGUGAAAGACUUGGAUCCAUCUAACAUCUACGAUGGCCUUCUUGAAAAAGGAGUGUUCACCCAGGACAUGAUCGAUGAGAUAAAGAGCUCGGGGACCAGACGAGAUCAAGCCAGGCAGUUAGUCCGGGACUUGGAAACCCGGGGGAGUCGGGCCUUCCCGUUAUUUCUAGAGUGCCUUCUAGAAACAGGUCAGCACAGUUUGGCAGAGAUCCUUCAGAGUGGAACUCCAGCAGUUCAUCUGCAGCCUGCAUCACCAACUCCAGUUGUGCGCCCUGUUCUCCAGCCUCUCCCAAUUUACUCUCCUAUGGAUGAUGAUAAGCCAAAGAAAGAGCCUCUCUCUGUCUAUCCAUUACCUAAACCUAGUCCUGCUCCUAGUCCAUCACCUGACAACGAUUUCUUGAGACUAAGACAUCAAGGUAGAACACGACGGGAUAGUCUUCAGUGCUACAAAAUAGACGCUAGCCCCUGUGGUCAUUGCCUCAUCAUAAACAACGUGGACUUCGAACCCGGGAGCGACCUGAACGAUCGCAAGGGCUCCAACAUAGACUGCGACAAGCUGGAGAGGAGAUUCAAGGCUCUCAACUUCAUUGUGGAGGUCAAAACGAACCUGAAACAAAGACAAAUCAAACAUGAACUGUCAUGUUUGCGUAAAAAGGACCAUUCACAGUACGACUGCUGUGUGGUCAUCAUGCUGUCCCACGGGACCGAGGUGAGUCACAACCGCUUCCCUGGUGCCGUGUACGGUGUGGAUGGACUACACGUCCCGGUUCAGCACAUCACAAACUACCUCAACGGCCAGCAUUGCCCGUCUUUACAAGGCAAACCUAAACUUUUCUUCAUUCAGGCCUGUGGAGGAGGUGAAAAAGACACAGGCUUUGAGGUUUCCCCUGAUGAGGUCGAACCAUCCAGCGGUGGAGUAGACGACGAAACAGACGCCAUCCCGGUGUCAUCCAGCAGCGACUCUCUGAGCACGUCCGACGAGGUGGAUGCCAGACCCACGCUGCCAACCCCGAGUGACAUCCUGGUCUCAUACUCUACAUUUCCUGGUUAUGUGUCCUGGAGAGACACCCAGUCGGGCUCCUGGUACGUAGAGACACUGGAUCGUAUCCUUGAGGAAAACGCUGCUACCGAUGACUUGGUCACAAUGUUGAUGAUGGUGAACCACGAAGUUUCCCAAAAUUCUGCAAAAGGCCUCUACAAGCAGAUGCCUGGCUCCUUCAACUUCCUCCGCAAACUCUUCUACUUUAAAACACAGACGUAGCGCAAAAGUUAAAUUGUCAGGGAACAUUUGUCUACAUCUACACAUCUGCACAAAAAAAAGAUGUCUGAACUGUGACUGUGCUGUGACUGUUUGAUCAUGUCUUACUGUGCGUUCCUAUCAUUUCUCAUGUCUUUAAAUGGUUGUUGAUUUUUAUAAAUGAACUUUUGGGGAGCAGGUGUCAUAUUAGAAAGACAAAAUUUAAAUACUAUUUUGCUGUAAAAUCUAUUAAAUUGAUUUUACUUAAAAAUAUACACUGCCUCAAAGUAAAGUAAAUGUAAUGCAUUUUAUUACAACUACUUGAGUAUAUAGUGCAACAGACUUUAAUUUAUUAAGUCUACUUAACUUACCCUUACUCUAUUUAACAACAACAAUUAACCACAAAUUCCAAAUGAGUUGUACUCACUCACUUAUUCAGGUUCACCCAAUUAAAUCAUAUAAAUUUUAUUUUUAGAAAUGAUUUCAAUAUUAAAGCAGUGGUGGUGGGCCGGAAGUGCAGAGUUGUUUGUAUACCUAUUUAAAAUAUUCAAUUUUGUGUAUUGUGCUUUGCAUUUUUGUAUUUUAUAUUUUUGUUUUAUUGCUAUAUAUUUGACUUCUCUUACUUUUGCACAUUUUUUAUUUUUUGUUUGUGGUUCUACUUGGGGACGGGUUCAACUCAUUAAAAAUACUCUCGCUAGACACUCAGUACAGGACGGACGGAUGGACAGAUAGACAGACAGAUAGAUACUUUAUUUAUCCCUCGGGAUAAAUACUGAAAAGGUAGCUCCUGUUGUUGGACAGAUACUGUAUAACAUGGCCAACCAUGGGAGGAUUGUUUGUCUUAGGGCUUAUGCGGCAAUACAUGUGUGAUUCAACCUAUUAAACUGUGUCAUCAAUGUAACUUCUUUCAAUUAUUUCAAUCAGAAAUGGUGAUAAUAUACAGGGUUAUGUUCAAAAAUCUUAUGUUUUGGUUCAAAAUUAAACUUUAAUGAUUAAAAAAA